GAAAAAAAAAUUCACUGACCUGGCUAGACCCUAGCUCCCUCUCUUUGUCCAGACGGAGGCGGCACCAUGGAGCCCCUCUAUCAGUCCGGGCCCAUUCUAAUGAAGGUGAACACCUUACACGGGAAGAAGAUGGUGGAGAGCGGCCUCCAGUCUGGGGACUUCUCUCUGCCCCCAUCGUGGUCCUCCAGCCUCCUGCUGCCGGCCGACCUCGAGAUCCUGCAGCAGAAGGUGGCCGGGAUGCAGCGCGAGCUGGAGGACUUCAAGAAGGAGGCACUCAGGGCCAUCCGCUGCCUGGAAGAUGCCUUCUGCGAGAUGAACGGGGCCCUGGUGCAGCAGGGGGAGCAGGCGGCCCGCGUGAAGCAGCGGCUGCGGGAGGAGGAGGACCGGGGCGUCGUGCGGAACAAAGUCCUCACCUUCCUGCUGCCCCGGGAGAAGCAGCUCCGGGAGCACUGCAAACGGCUGGAGUUCCUGCUGCUGGGCCGGGGCCGCGACCCCCUGAGCAUCCCCGGGAAGAUCCAGGCCAACUGAGGCCCCUCCGCGACGAGCCGCCGAGCAGCCCAGUGGCAGAUGCUUUUAGCUAGAAGGACACAUCCCGAGUCCUGGUCCGUUUGCUCCCCUCCCCCACCCCCUCUCUGCGGCUUUCCUUCUGCCUAAAUAACACCUUGCUGAGAGGCGAAAAGAUCCGUUAUGUUCUUUCGGUGAAGCUCUGUCUAUCCAGCAGCACCCAAGAAAGAGGCGCCCCAACCCUAAGUCGUUGGAAGACACCUGUAACUUCCCCCCUUUAAUGGUUUUCCUCUUUGUAUUAAUGGUACUAUUGCUCAAAUGUAUAACAUGUUUUUUUUAACCUUCUUAAACUGACUGUGUGAAACAGAUGUAACUUCUUUUAAUGAC